AUGCUGCAAUCAGUAUUGCAUGACGUCCGUGAUCGCAGAAACGGUUCUUGGAGGAGUCAACGAAACGUAUCAAAACACAAGAUACGUAUGGAGCAAAACACACUGCACGAGUCUCAGGUGGCACAACAAUGCUACGAAGAGAUGACAAAGCAUGAAAAGAAGCCAUCGAUGUGGAAGGCAAACAUAGAAAAGAACAUAGGUGAAAUUAACAUUUACAAAACACUUACAGAGCGAUAUUUGGCAGGUGAAAUACUUGAAUGUAAAAACCUGAAGGAGACCGAAAAGUGUAUGAAAGGGACGGAAGAAAUUAGAAAGGUCUGGGCCACGAUGUGGAAUUCGAAAAUGGGAGAAGACGAUAAUCGGCACAAUGAAUAUCCGGAGGAAUUCAUUCCGGACUCUCAACAGCAUGAUACUUUCCCACCUGAAGUCGAUAUCUUCCCUGUUUGCCCAAAUGGAAGGCUGUAG